AUGGCGCUUGAACAUUUCAGCCACAAGCACACUCUAAUCUUCAAUGAAGACCUACAACAAAAUGAAAAUUCUUCUUGCUUCGGGUGCAAGGAACCAAUUUCUGGCCAAAGCUACAGCUGCGAAGAGUGCAAUUUCUUCCUCCACAAAGCCUGUGCAGAGCUUCCUCGCCAGAUUAAACACACAUUUCAUCGCAAACACCCUCUUAUUCUUCAAGAAAAUCCUCCACAUAAUGAUUUUCCAUGCUUGUGUGAUUCCUGCGGCAAUAUCUGUGGGAGUUUCAAGUAUCAUUGCUCUCUUUGUAACUUUAGUCUUGACAAGAAAUGUGCUUUGCUUCCCUGCGUUCUUGAACCUGCAAAAAACAAUCACCAAUUUAUCUGGUUGUUGGACUCCAGAAUCCCAUAUAAUUGUGAUUCUUGUGGUGGGGAUGGCUUCUAUGAUUCUUACGCUUCCUUAUGUACCAUAUGCCAAGUCCUUGUCCACUAUGAUUGUGAGUCAUUGUUACCAAUAUAUCCAACAAUUGCAAUAAGAAUACACGAUCAUCCACUCAUCCACACAUUUUUCAUUCAUGAAAAUGAAUCCGGAAAGCAAUAUUGUGGCAUCUGCAAUGAUGAGAUUCUUACGGAUCAUGGAUGUUACUUUUGCUCGCAAUGUAGUUUUAUUUCCCAUGCAGGCUGCGCAUUUGAAAUAUUCAUUUAUGAAUGUAAAACUGUGAUGGCUCAGUGCAAUGCAGAGGAAUCUGUAGAUCACUGUGUGAUAGAAAAGAGCACCAGAGUUAAACCAAUGGACUCGAUCAAUUAUGGGAUAAUCGAGAUGAAAAUUGAAGAUGACUCGACAGCUACGGAGAUGGAGAUCGAUAAGUUUAGUAAUGCACAUUGCCAUCUCAAACAUAUUAGCCACAAGCAUCCACUGGUCUUCAAUGAAGAAGAGCAACAGAAUUAUAGUUACAUCAAGGAAAAUUCAUGCUUCGGAUGCGAGGAACUAGUGUUGGGUCCAAGCUACAACUGCAGCCAAUGCAAUUUCUUUCUUCACAAGACUUGUGCAGAGCUACCGCUCAAGAUUAAGCACCCAUUCCACCGCAAACACCCUCUAGUUCUCAUUCUAGACACCUCGAAUGUUUGUUGGCGCCGCCCAGCCUGUUUUUUCUGCAACGAAAGUUGCCGAAGGUUUGCAUAUAGUUGCUCUAAUUGUGCUUGUUACCUCAACAUCAAGUGUGCUACGCUGUCUUGUGUCAUUGAACCUGAAGCUCAUGAGCAUCAAUUCAUUCACUGGAUGAGGGCCAUUCCAUUCACUUGCAAUGCCUGCGGUGAAAAGGAAUCAGAACAAACGCCUUAUUUUUGUACCGCGUGCCAAGUCAAGGUCCACAAAAGCUGCAUUUCGUUGCCACAUAGUAUCAAAAUAAUUCAGCAUAAUCAUCCCCUUUGCCGCAACCAUUUCUUUCAUGAAAAUGUGUCGGCAGGCUCUCUGAAUUGUGGAAUUUGUGAGAAGGAAGUGAAUUCUGAAUGUGGGAGUUAUUAUUGUCCUGACUAUUGCAAUUUCAUUUCCCAUGUGAGCUGCGCAUUGGAGUUCGAAGAUAAAAUCAGAAAUGAGAAGGCCUUGUGUCAAUCUCAAGGUUUAUUAACAGACAGAUCUGUGUAG